AUGAGACGCUCUACUAGACCCAGAAUUUCGAUAAAAGAAAGAGAAGAAACAAGCAAAAAUAUAAAAGUGAUUGCAAGAUUUAGACCUUUAAUUGAUAUAGAAUUACAGCUUCCAGAAACAAAGCUUGAUCAAUAUGCCUUUCCAACGGAUACAAGUGUAUCAAUUAAACAAGGUGUCGAGUCAGAAUUGCUUAUAUAUGACAGGAUUUUCCCACCAGACGCUACACAAGCACAAAUUUUUGAAUUUAUUGGAAAGCCUAUUAUAGAAGACGUCCUUACUGGAUACAAUGGCACAGUUUUCGCAUAUGGCCAAACAGGCUCAGGUAAGUCAUUUACUAUGAUGGGGCUUGAUAUCUAUGACAAAGAUUCUCAGGGUAUCAUCCCAAGAGCUAGCAAACUCGUUUUUGAGUCUUUAUCAAAUAUCAAAAAUGAGGCAGAAAUUACAUUAAAAUGCUCCAUGCUUGAAAUAUAUAAGGAAAAAUUAAAAGACUUAUUGGGAAAUAAUAGUGCAAAUUUAAAGAUUAAAGAAGAUGUAAGAAAAGGAAUUUAUGUGCAUGGGCUGACUGAAAUGUAUGUGGUUUGUGAAGAAGAAAUCAUGGAAGUUUUGUCUUUAGGUGAAAGCAAUAGAACUGUAGCAUCCACGAAAAUGAAUAAUGUCAGCUCGAGAAGUCAUCAGUUAUUUAUGCUCGAAAUUAAUCAGAAACUCGCUAAUGAUUCUGAAAAACGAGGAAUUUUGAAUUUGGUGGAUUUGGCUGGUAGUGAAAAAGUGAACCAAACUGGAGUGACAGGAAAUAAGCUUGAAGAAGCCAAAAAAAUAAAUUUAUCACUAAGCGCUCUUGGAAAUGUGAUUCAUGCGCUAACUAAUGGUUCUGAGCAUAUCCCAUAUAGAGAUUCAAAGCUGACAAGGCUCUUGCAAGAAUCACUAGGUGGAAACUAUAAAACUACUUUAAUAGUCUGCUGCUCUCCUCAUCCCAGAAAUCUUGAUGAUACACUUAAUACUCUUAAAUUCGGCCAAAGAGCCAAAACGAUAAAAAACCAAUUCAAACUUAACAUUAAGAGGUCUCCAGAAGAAUACAUUAGAAUAAUUAUAGCUCAUGCACCUUAAUAGAUUUCUCUAUACCCCAGCAGAAUACCGAUCAGAAAAAUAUGGCACAGGUAGCCUGCCUUUAUACAGUAUAAGUCUGAUUAGGCACCUUAAAAUCAUAAACGGAGACUUGCCAUUUUCGUUUUUACUUUUCAAAAAAAAGCUGACAGAUACAAAUUAAUUUUGGAAAUUAAAAUGGAUGGCCAACAAUGAUCUAAAAUAUUUCAGGGGCUAUAAUCAGCUCAAGCAGCAAUUAGCUGAGGCAAAAGAUGAAAUAUGUAGAAUGAGAGGAUACUGCCCAGGAGAAAUGACAUCCCCUGUAAGUGGUGUAAGAAGUUUAACUAACAUAUCUACAACCAUCACAGAGGAUAUUUUAUCUCCUCUCACCCCUAUGUCUGGGGAAGAUCUAGGAAUUUCUUUUGGCCAGGUUAGGGUUAAAAGUUUUCUUGAUGAUUUUGGACCAAUUGACCAAAUUGUUGAAGAAAUAACAAAUUUAAAGCAAGAAAAAGAAUCCUCAAAUGAAAGAAUUGCAGAGCUAGAAAAAGAAUUGAAUCAUGAAAUGAUUAAAAGGCUGAAAGCUGAAACAUCUGCAAUGGAGUAUUUUCAAAUGUAUAAAAAAUUGUCUAUUCUCAAUUCAAAUGAUGAAGAUUCAAUAAGAAUGAUAAAGGGCGAAAAUGAAGUGCUAAAGCGGCAAGUUGGGAUUUUGCAGCACCAUUUGUAUCAAAUAAGUGAAAGAUUUAAUAUUAUGCUGGGGAAAUUAAAAGCUGGGGAAAAUGUGGCUGAGUGAGAAUUUGUUGAUCCAAAAAUAGACCAAUUAUUAGCUGCUGAGUUAAAUGUAAAAACUGAAGAGUCAUUUUUGAAAACAUAUAAGCAGUCUGAAGUUGGAAUUGAUAUCCCAAUAGAUACUGAGUAUAUACAAUCCCAAGAUGAAUACGCACAAGAAAUCAGUUUAGCUUUAGAAACUGACGCCAAGCUGAGCAGUGAUGUAAUUAUUUUCCAGUUGAAAAAACAAAUAAUACAAUCUGGGCUUGCGAAUAGUGAAUUACUUACUCCCCCCCCCCCCUCCGUGAGCGAACAAAACCAUUAGAAAAAUCGCCAUUUUUUGACCAAAAACCCACCCUCCGUGAGUGAACAAAAAUAUUUUUAAUAGAAAAAAUUUUAAUAGAAAAAAAUUUUGAUAUAUAAGUGAUAAUUAGUAUAAUGAAAUCUAGAGCUAAUUCUGUUUAAUUUUAAACAAAUUGCGUUUUUUUAAAACAUAAAUUUUGCAAAUUAAAUUAGUAUUUGCUUCCCAAUUUUUGCAAAUUAGGAUUUUUUUUAAAUUUCGAAAAAAAUAUUUUUUAUAAAAUUUAUAUAUAAAUUGUUUUUAAAAAAAAAAAAUUAACCCCCCUCCGUGAGUGAACAAAAUUUUUUUGUUCGCUCACGGAGGGGGGGGGGGGAGUUAGGUGUUAUUAUGAUAUUCAGUGGAAAUAUAAUCUCCUUAAAGAAAAAUUUAAUUUGAAGCUUUUAUUUGGGAGAAAUCAAGAAAAGAAAAUUGCAGGCUAUGAAGAAAUGGUAAAUCAUCUUCACGAAUCUUAUAAUAAACUCAUCAGUAUUAUUGAAAAGCUAGAAACAGAGCACUGAAAUAAAGAGCAUAUAUUAGAGAUGGGCACAUUAAAAGGGAAGAUUAUAAGGCCUAUAAAUAUAAUCCCUCGCAACAAAUCAGAAUCUCCGAGAAGAGAAGGAAAGCUAACUUCCCCCCUCCGUGAGUGAACAAAACCAUUGGAAAAAUCCCUUUUUUUGCCCAAAAACCCACCCUCCGUGAGUGAACAGAAAUUUUUUUAAUAGAAAAAAAUUUGAUAUAUAAGUGAUAAUUAGUAUAAUGAAAUCUCGAGCUAAUUCUGUUUAAUUUUAAAAAAAUUACGUUUUAAAACAUAAAUUUUAUAAAUUAAAUUAAUAUUUGCUUUCCAAUAUUUGCAAAUUAGGAUUUUUUAAAUUUCGAGAAAAAAAAAAAUUCUAUAAAAUUUAUAUAUAAUUUUUUUAAAAAAAAUUAAGCCUCCUCCACUAGUGAACAAAAUUUUUUUGUUCACUCACGGGAGGAGUAAGAACUUCUGUUUCUCUUAAGCAUCACCGUAUUAAAGAUUCUCCACAGCCAAAAUCAUUUGUAGAGCACGAAGAAGGCUAUAAGCUUAGAAGCUUAGAAACUAACUUAAAAGUGCAAACAAUGUUCAGCCAGAAUCUACGUAACAGUUAUGAAUCAGUAAAAAAUGAAUGCAGCAUCUUUAAAUCACUUCUUGAAGCCUACCAAAAACAAAAUUUAGACAAUUACAUGAAAGAAAAAUUAAGGUGGAAAAAAUAUCUUGAGCAGUUGAAGAAAACUUGUGAUAAGGAAUUAUUGAGAAAACAAUUAGAAAUCAAUAAACUGCACGAAGUUCUUGGAGAUUGAAUUAAAAAAUAUAUGGAACUUCAAGAAAUUGUGGCAAUCCCACAAAUGAAGACAAAAGAUUUUGAGGCCACUAAAAGUUUUAUAAAUAAGUUUGAUAUGCUUCUAAAGGAAACAGACUUGGCUAUUAAACCAUCACAAUUAAGUUUGGUAAAUUCGCCUUUGCAUAGCCAAUUUAAAAAGCCAAACUUCUUGUCUAUAAACUGCCAAAGUGGAGAUAUAUCACCCCCACCCUUAGACGACUAA